GCCCGGCUCGCCGAGGAUCAUGACUGCGGCGGCGAACUGGGUGGCGAACGGGGCCAGCCUGGAGGACUGUCACUCCAACCUCUUCUCGCUGGCUGAACUCACGGGCAUCAAAUGGCGUAGGUACAACUUUGAAGGCCAUGGGGACUGUGGGCCCAUCAUUUCAGCUCCAGCCCAGGAUGAUCCCAUCCUGCUCAGCUUCAUCCGCUGCCUGCAGGCCAACCUGCUGUGCGUGUGGCGCCGCGACGUCAAACCCGACUGCAAGGAGCUCUGGAUAUUCUGGUGGGGGGACGAGCCCAACCUGGUCGAUGUCAUCCACCGUGAGCUGCACAUGGUGGAAGAAGGAUUCUGGGAGAAUGGACUUUCCUAUGAGUGUAGGACCCUGCUCUUCAAAGCAAUUCAUAAUCUUCUGGAAAGAUGCCUGAUGGAUAAAAACUUCGUAAGAAUUGGGAAGUGGUUCAUACGGCCCUAUGACAAGGAUGAGAAGCCUGUUAAUAAAAGUGAACACCUGUCGUGUGCCUUCACGUUCUUCCUGCACGGGGAGAGCAACGUGUGCACGAGCGUGGAGAUCGCGCAGCACCAGCCCAUCUACCUGAUCACCGAGGAGCACAUCCACAUGGCCCAGUCCUCCCCCUCGCCCUUCCAAGUGCUGGUGAGUCCUUAUGGCUUGAAUGGGACCCUCACGGGCCAGUCCUACAAGAUGUCAGACCCUGCCACUCGGAAGCUGAUGGAGGAGUGGCAGUACUUCUACCCCAUGGUGCUGAAGAAAAAGGAAGGCAUGAAAGAGGAGGAAGAGCUGGGAUAUGACAACGAUUUCCCUGUGGCAGUUGAAGUCAUUGUUGGGGGUGUGAGGAUGGUGUAUCCUUCAGCCUUUGUUCUCAUCUCCCAGAGUGACAUCCCAGUGUCACAGAGCACUGCCAGUGCUGCAGGCCAUAUAAAUGUGGGACAGCAGGGCCUUGGAAGCGUGAAGGAUCCUGUCAGUACCUGUGGGAUGCCCCUGACUCCCCCCACCUCUCCAGAGCAGGCUGUAAUGGGAGAAAGUGGCUGCUCUCAGAGCAGCAUCAGCCAUCCAGCUGUGCAGGAGGGCACAGUCAGUGUCCACAGUCCAAAGAAAUCAAGCAAGAUCACUCCCAAAUUUCACAACCGUAUUGUUCACCGUGUGUGGAAGGAAUGCAUCCUCAACAGGGCACAGUCCAAGAGGAAUCAAAUUACAGCUGCAAAUUUGGAAGAGGAAGUUCCUAACAAUAGUGUUUCAUGGGAUUUUGUGGAUCCAGUCCAAAGAGUCAGUUGUUCUUGUUCCAGGCACAAGGUGUUCAAGCAGCGCUGUGCCGGUGCCUCUGGCCGGCCCCCCACGCUGCCCCAGCCCGGCUUCGGCGUGGGGACGGCGGCGUCCUCGGCACUGCCCCCUCCUGCCUCCUCAAAGCACAAAACCACCGAGAGGCAGGACAAGGGAGAGAAACUGCAAAAAAGGCCCCUGAUGCCAUUUCACCAUCGGCCCUCGGUGACUGAAGAGCUAUGCAUGGAGCAGGACACGUCCGGGCAGAAGCUGGGGCUGGCUGGGAUGGAGUCUGCUUUGGAAGUCCCCAGUUCCAGGAAAUACGAGAAGCCGCUCUCGCUGCCUGCUAGAAAUCCAAGCAAGCAAAUGAAUAUGAAUCCUAUGGAUUCACCCCAUUCCCCCACUUCCCCUCUGCCUCCCACCCUGAGCCCCCAGCCCAGGGGUCAGGAGGCAGAGAACCUGGACCCCCCUUCAGUUCCUGUGAACCCAGCACUCUACAGCAGCGGGCUGGAGCUGCAGCCACUGCCCAGCUUAGAUGACAGGACAGUCCUGGUGGGACAGAGGUUACCUCUGAUGGCAGAGGUCAGUGAGACGGCCUUGUACUGUGGCAUAACUCAGAGCAACGAGGCCCUGGAUGUAUGGAGGACCUACAGUGUCCCUUCGAGUGACGACCCCGAGUUCCGGCCGCCGGAGCUGCCGUGUGAGAGGUAUGAUGGCAGGAUGGAGAUCAACCCCGACAGCACUGCACUGAAAAGGCUCUUAGCACAACCUAAUAAACGGUUUAAAAUUUUGGAAGAGCAGAAGCCAGUGCAGAACCUGAACUAUCUCGACCCCUUGCCUCUACUACAACCCCCUGGAGAAGGCUGGGGAGACACCAGUGAUCCUUACACCUUCGAAGAUGGAGACAUCAAGUACAGUUUCACUGUCAAUAAAAAAUGCAAACUUGGGGCUGAGAAAGAUCCUUUGAAAAAGAACAAGUCAGAAGAUGGGAUUGGUUCCAAGGAAAUCCCCCCAACGGGCCAUUCAACCCCAGUUCCUGAUGGAAAAGAUGCCAUGUCCAUUUUCAGUUCUACUCCUAAGACUGAGCCGCGCCAGGACAGCGCUGCGGGCAGGGCCGGCUCCGGCAGCCUCACCCAGGUCACCGACCUGGCCCCGUCCCUGCACGACCUCGACAACAUCUUCGACAACUCCGACGAGGAUGAGCUGGGGGCCGUGUCCCCAGCCCUGCGCUCCUCCAAGCUGCCGGCCGCGGGCUCCGAGGAGCGGCCGCUGGGCAAGGACGGCCGGACCGCGGUUCCCUACCCUCCCACUGUGGCAGAUCUCCAAAGGAUGUUCCCAACACCACCCUCUUUAGAACAGCACCCUGCCUUCUCCCCAGUGAUGAGUUACAAAGAUGGAAUAAGUUCAGAGACUGUGACUGCCUUGGGAAUGAUGGAGAGUCCUAUGGUCAACAUGGUUCCAACACAGCUGGCUGAGUUUAAAAUGGAGGUGGAAGAUGGAUUAGGUAGCCCUAAACCUGAAGAAAUUAAGGAUUUUUCGUAUGUGCACAAAGUUCCAUCAUUUCAACCUUUUGUGGGCUCCUCCCUGUUUGCUCCACUGAAGAUCCUGCCCAGCCAGUGCCUCCUACCUCUGAAGAUUCCAGAUGCCUGCAUCUUCAGGCCUUCUUGGGCUGUUCCUCCAAAAAUUGAACAACUUCCAUUGCCACCUGCAGCCACUUUCAUCAGAGAUGGCUACAACAACGUGCCCAGCGUGGGCAGCCUGGCGGACCAGGACUACCUGCAGAUGAGCACGCCGCAGAUGAGCACGCCGGUGACGCUCAACAGCGCGGCCCCUGCCAGCAACAGCGGCGCGGGGGUGCUGCCGUCCCCGGCCACGCCGCGCUUCUCCGUGCCCACGCCGCGCACGCCGCGCACGCCCAGGACUCCCCGGGGCGGGGGCACCGCCAGCGGCCAGGGCUCCGUCAAGUACGACAGCACGGACCAGGGCUCCCCCGCCUCCACCCCCUCCACCACGCGGCCGCUCAACUCGGUGGAGCCGGGCACGGUGCAGCCCAUCCCGGAGGCGCACAGCCUGUACGUGACCCUCAUCCUCUCCGACUCCGUGCUCAACAUCUUCAAGGACAGGAACUUCGACAGCUGCUGCAUCUGCGCCUGCAACAUGAACAUCAAGGGCGCCGAUGUGGGGCUGUACAUCCCCGACUCCUCCAACGAGGAUCAGUACCGCUGCACCUGCGGCUUCAGCGCCAUCAUGAACCGCAAGCUCGGCUACAACUCCGGGCUCUUCAUCGAGGACGAGCUGGAUAUUUUCGGCAAGACCUCGGACAUCGGCCAGGCUGCAGAAAGGCGACUGAUGAUCUGCCAGAGCAACUUGAUCUCACAGAUGGGAGAGGGAGCCCGGAGGAGCCAGGAGCCUCCCAUGAGCCUCCUGCUGCUGCUGCAGAACCAGCACACGCAGCCCUUCACCUCGCUGAGCUGCUUGGAUUACAUGGCCUCCAACAACCGCCAGACACUGCCCUGUGUCAACCUGAGCUACGACCGACUGCAGGCUGACAGCAACGACUCCUGGGUGGAAUGUUUCAAUGCCCUGGAGCAGGGCAGACAGUACGUGGACAACCCCACGGGGGGCAAGGUGGACGAAGCCCUUGUCCGAAGUGCCACUGUCCAUUCCUGGCCUCACAGCAACGUGCUGGACAUCAGCAUGCUCUCCUCCCAGGACGUGGUGCGCAUGCUGCUCUCCCUGCAGCCCUUUCUCCAGGAUGCCAUCCAGAAGAAGCGGACGGGAAGGACCUGGGAGAACAUCCAGCACGUGCAGGGACCACUCACCUGGCAGCAGUUCCAUAAGAUGGCAGGACGGGGCACCUACGGCUCUGAGGAAUCUCCUGAGCCUCUCCCGAUCCCGACGCUGCUGGUGGGCUAUGACAAGGACUUCCUGACAAUCUCUCCGUUCUCCCUGCCCUUCUGGGAGAGGCUCCUGCUGGACCCCUAUGGGGGCCAUCGGGACGUCGCCUACAUCGUGGUGUGUCCGGAAAAUGAGGCCUUGCUCGAUGGAGCCAAAACUUUCUUCAGGGACUUGAGUGCUGUAUAUGAGAUGUGCAGACUUGGGCAGCACAAGCCCAUCUGCAAAGUGCUGCGGGAUGGGAUCAUGCAGGUGGGCAAGAGCGUGGCGCAGAAGCUGACGGACGAGCUGGUGAGCGAGUGGUUCAGCCAGCCCUGGGGCUCCGAGGACUGUGACAAUCAUUCCAGGCUCAAGCUCUACGCGCAGGUCUGCCGCCAUCACCUCGCACCUUACUUGGCCACCCUGCAGCUGGACAGCAGCCUCCUGCUGCCUCCCAAGUACCAAACGCCGGCUCCGAGCCAGCCGCAGGCAGCUCCCGGCAGCUCGGGACCCGCUCCCUCCAGCUCCUCCUCGUGUCUCUCGGCCGCGGCCGGGGCCCCUGCCACGGGCAGCUCCUUCAGCUCCACGCCCAGCGCGGGCACCACGAGCCUUCCGGCAGGGAGCGCCUCCUCCUCGGGCUCCUCGGUGCCACAGCUGUCAGCGUCCUCUGCCACGCCCGGCGCCAGCCAGAUGGGCACGUCCUCCACGCCGGGCUUCAGCGGCAACGCCGGCUCGGGCCAGAGCAGCGGCGCCGCGGGAGGCACGGCCGAGCGCUCGCAGGGCAGCGCGGGCCCCGGGGCAGACACCGAGCCCGGCCCCAACCUACCACAGCAGCAGCAAGAGGGACAGGAAGGCACGUCGGAGCGGGAGCGCAUCGGGAUCCCCACGGAGCCGGACGCUGCCGACAGCAACGCCUACCCCCCUGCUGUGGUCAUCUACAUGGUGGAUCCCUUCACCUACACUGCUGAUGAGGAGUCUGCCUCCACCAACUUCUGGCUCCUGAGCCUCAUGAGAUGCUACACAGAAAUGUUGGACAACUUGCCUGAGAAUAUGAGGAAUUCUUUCAUUCUCCAGAUUGUGCCUUGCCAGUACAUGCUGCAGACAAUGAAGGAUGAACAGGUUUUCUACAUUCAGCACUUGAAGUCUCUGGCGUUCUCUGUGUACUGUCAGUGCAGGAGGCCCCUGCCCACACAGAUCCACAUCAAGUCCCUCACAGGCUUUGGGCCAGCUGCCAGCAUUGAGAUGACCCUCAAAAAUCCUGAGAGGCCCAGCCCAAUCCAGCUGUACUCACCUCCUUUCAUCCUGGCCCCCAUCAAAGACAAGCAGACAGAGCUGGGAGAGACAUUUGGAGAGGCCAGUCAGAAAUACAACGUGCUCUUUGUCGGGUACUGCCUGUCCCAUGACCAGCGCUGGCUCCUGGCGUCCUGCACCGACCUGCACGGGGAGCUGCUGGAGACCUGCAUUGUCAACAUCGACCUGCCCAGCAGGUCAAGGAGGAGCAAGUUGUCUGCCCGGAAGAUUGGGCUGCAGAAGCUCUGGGAAUGGUGUAUUGGCAUUGUCCAGAUGACAUCCUUGCCGUGGAGAGUCGUCAUUGGGCGCCUGGGCCGGCUGGGCCACGGGGAGCUGAAAGACUGGAGCAUCCUGCUCGGGGAGUGCUCCCUGCAGACAAUCAGCAAGCAGCUGAAGGAGGUUUGCCGCAUGUGUGGCAUCUCUGCAGCAGAUUCCCCCUCCAUCCUCAGUGCCUGCCUCGUUGCCAUGGAGCCACAGGGAUCAUUCGUGGUGAUGCCAGACGCGGUGACGAUGGGCUCGGUGUUCGGGCGCAGCACGGCGCUGAACCUGCAGUCGUCCCAGCUCAACACCCCCCAGGACGCCUCCUGCACACACAUCCUGGUGUUCCCCACCUCUGCCACCAUCCAGGUGGCACCUGCAAAUUACCCCAACGAGGAUGGCUUCAGCCCCACCAACGAUGACAUGUUUGACCUCCCAUUCCCAGAUGACAUGGACAAUGACAUUAGAAUUUUGAUAACAGGGAAUCUUCACUCUUCACCAAAUUCCUCCCCAGUUCCUUCUCCUGGAUCACCAUCUGGCACUGGAGUGGGAUCUCACUACCAUCACAGUAGGAGCCAAGGUGAACGUCUCCUCUCCAGGGAAGCCCCCGAAGAGCUGAAGCAGCAGCCUCUGGCUCUGGGAUACUUUGUGUCGACUGCCAAAGCUGAGAACCUCCCGCAGUGGUUCUGGUCCUCCUGUCCUCAGGCACAGAACCAGUGUCCCCUCUUCCUGAAGGCCUCUCUCCAUCACCACAUCUCUGUAGCGCAGACAGACGAGCUUCUACCUGCGAGAAAUUCUCAGCGAGUUCCUCACCCCCUCGACUCUAAAACUACAUCAGAUGUCUUGAGGUUUGUGCUGGAGCAGUACAACGCCCUGUCCUGGCUCACGUGUAACCCGGCCACGCAGGACCGCAGCUCCUGCCUGCCCGUGCACUUCGUGGUGCUCACCCAGCUCUACAACGCCAUCAUGAACAUCCUGUAGGACACAACAAGCACUUGUUCUUCUGGCUGCUUCUCCCCUCCGCCCGGGAACGUGCCACGACCUGCAAAGAGCUCCGUUUGCUUCUCUUCAGACCAGUCCUGUGCUGUGCUUCUGUUCCUCCAAAAGCACAUGUGAAUUCUGCAGUGUUCAAAACUAAACUACCCAUUAACAUCUCUGGCAGCUUCAGUCCAAAAUCUGGGAACAUCCAAGAACAGUGAACACAGAGUAACCUCAAGCCAGUGUUAGUUUGGUGGCUCAGUAACUACUGGUCAGUGUGAUUAUUUU